AGUGAACUUCAGUGUCAGAGGCAGGGCUGAGUCAGCCCGCAGGAAUUCGGAAGUGUGUGUUUACGCCUUAUUCAACGCUACAUACGACAGCGAGCACGAACAGAAAUGUCAGCAUCUGCUACACAGUCAGAGGUGAGGCUGGUGGUGCUGGGCCGGAGUGGGGCAGGGAAGAAGACUGCAAUAUGCAAAAUCCUCGGCCUGCAAGACUACCAGCAGGACACAGAUGAUGAUGCUGUCCAGGAGUGCAGCAAACACAGAGGGGAAGUCGCGGGCAGACAGGUGGUGAUAAUCUCUAGUCCAGCCUGGUACGGUUCAGGUUGCAACUCAGAGGAAAGAAGAAAUUACAUUUCCUCCUUCAUUGCCUCAUCCAGCCCUGGGCCACACGCCUUUCUGCUCUGUGUCCCAGCAAACCAGCCGGCUGAUGAAGAGGCCAAGGCACUGGAUGUCCUGAAGAAGCUCUUUGGUUCCUCUGCUGUAAGCAGAAAUACCAUCAUACUCUUCACCCACACAGAUGUGCUGGAUGAGGACGAGCAGCUGGAAGAAUACCUCGUCACAUGGCGAAAGGACCUAAUGGAGCUGGUGGAGAGAUGCGGAGAGCGCUACCACACCCUGGAAGCCCGCAGUGGAGAACAAGAUGGAAGGACUGCGGUGGAGGAGCUGCUGGAGAAAGUCGAGCAGGCAGUUAUGAAGAGUGGGGGUUUACACUUUAGCUGCCCUCUGUACCAGGAGGCUGAGGAAAGGGUGAGAGAGAGGCAGGCAGAGAUAGUGAGACAGAGAAGAGAGGAGCUGAAUGACCAGGUGUCUCCCACAGACUCCCAACUGGAGAAUGAGGAAGAAUUGGAAGAGGUCCGGGAAGAAGCAGAGAGGAGCAUAGGUGACCUGAAUGUGGAUGUAGAUAGCAUUUUCCCCUCUUCUGAUGUUUCACCUUCCACCUCUGCUCCGUCUUUCCUCGGGGGCUUGUGGGAAAAGCUGACAGGGUGGAUUAGGUGGCUGUCCUCUCUGGUGAGAAGGGAGUCGCUGCUGGGGUCACUGGUCGGCCUGUUCGUGGGAGGGACGUAUGGAGGUAUGGUUGGUGCCACUGUGGGGUCUGUGGCUACUGAAGUGGGGCGAAGAAAAACAGAGAAAACUAAAUGAGAAGCAAUCUCAUCUUUAAGUUGCACCUUAAAGUCACUCUACAGUGUUCCACAAACCAUUACUGGGCUGUGGGCUUACCCACUAACACAAAAUAGCAUGUUUCCCUGAUUACAAAUAAUGCUUUAUAGAUCACUUUUAACCCGUAAAUAAGGACAAUUUAGGGUUUGCUGGAUUUGAAAAAUCUUUUGGCUGGUAUGUUCUCACAUGUAACUGCCGCUGUCUUUUUUGCUAGCUUAGUAUUCAAUAUUGUCGGCAUGACUCAGAUCUUUACCUCUUUCUGUACUUCAAGUACAUGAAGACGCCAUCUCGUCUGUAAACAAACCGCUGAGUGGUAGCGAAAACUUGUCUUCCAUGCAAACUGUGGGAGACUGCAGCAGUUUGCUGUAACCAAAGUAAUCAGAGGUUUCCAGUGGAGCACUGGACACACUUUAUUUCAACUAGUGAUAGCACGCAACCUUCUGCAACCACUUGCCAAUUGAUCAGGGAAUGCACAUUUUUUCCUAAAGACCGUUAGUUAUCAGCUGGUUGUGGAGGCCUCUGUGACUGGGACCUAACAGAGCAUCCGAGAUGUCCUGAUGAAUGCAGCUUUCUAACCAAGCUUGCUAGCAGAGUUAUUUUUUUCACGUUGGCAAAUAGUUGGUUCUAGACACAGUGAAAAGACACAUAAUAAAAUUUAUUUGGGGGGUGGCUGGUUCUGUCCAACUUGCCUUUCCUUUUAGCUCUAUUUUUGAUCUCCAUCAGCUUCUGAGGAAAAUGUCAAACUUUUAAGCUGCUGUGUUCACAAGCUAGUUUCUGACUUUGCUGUGUUUGUUUGUGUUUUCCCCUCCCUUUUCCCUCCCUUCCUCUGUCAAUGAAAAAAUUCAGCGAAAACGUAAAAAUCAACAAGCUUAAAGAAGUUGACACAGAGUGCAGAGCUAGCGCUACACUAGCUCGUCAAACUAACUGCAUCUAAACCCAUUACUGUGAAAAUUUUGAAUAUCCUUUUAACUUUCCUAUAAAAAGGAUAUCAUACAACAGCCAAAUCGAUUAUUCAUAACCUUGCAAGCAGCUCGUCCUUAUGAGUGGACUAUUACUGAUCUCUAAAGAAAUUAUUUAUCAUUAAGUAACAACUCCUGAACCUGUUUUAUGCUUUUUAGAGAGGGCACAGGGAAGGCUUGAAACACUUUUGUUAGGAGGCAAUACCAAGAAGAAUCCACAAGGUGGUGACAUUGACCUUUAUAUAGAAGUUUGAAGUUUUCUGAGGUGAACUGAAAGAUAAUCAUUUACUGCCUACCAAGCAAAUAAAAGCUGCUGUUUUAAGUA